GCGCCCCCGGGGGCGAUGGGCGCGCAUGCGCGGGGGCCAGCGCGGCGGAGCGGUGGCGGCGGCGGCGGCCGGAGAAUGUCGGGCGCGCGGGGCGGUGGGCGCGUGGCCCCUCCCCUCGGCGGGCGCGCGGCAGCGGCCGGGGGGGGGGGAGGAGGAGGAGGCGAGGAGGCGGCGCCUGUGUCGGCGCUGGAGGUUGUGUCCUUCCUGGGGAAGCUGCUGUGCGCAGUCGCGGCGCUGAAGGCGGCUCUGUACCUGCUCCGCAGAGUGUGUCUAGCGAUGGCCUGGAAGUCGGGAGGCGCCAGCCACUCCGAGCUCAUCCACAACCUCCGCAAAAAUGGAAUAAUCAAAUCAGACAAGGUAUUUGAAGUAAUGCUGGCUACAGACCGUUGCCACUAUGCAAAAUACAACCCUUAUAUGGAUUCUCCACAGUCUAUAGGUUUCCAAGCAACAAUCAGUGCUCCACAUAUGCAUGCGUAUGCUCUUGAGCUUCUGUCUGAUCAGUUACAUGAAGGAGCCAAAGCACUUGAUGUAGGAUCUGGAAGUGGAAUCCUUACGGCAUGCUUUUCGCGAAUGGUUGGUCCCAAAGGACAAGUUGUAGGAAUUGAUCAUAUCAAAGAACUAGUAGAUGACUCAAUAAAUAAUGUCAAAAAAGAUGAUCCCACAUUGCUGUCUUCAGGAAGAGUGAAACUGAUUGUGGGAGAUGGAAGAAUGGGAUAUGCAGAAGAAGCUCCCUAUGAUGCGAUUCAUGUAGGAGCUGCAGCACCAGUUGUGCCCCAAGCACUUAUAGAUCAGUUAAAACCUGGCGGAAGAUUGAUAUUACCAGUUGGUCCUGCAGGGGGAAACCAGAUGCUCGAACAGUAUGACAAACUAGAAGAUGGCAGUGUCAAAAUGAAGCCUCUGAUGGGAGUGAUAUAUGUGCCUUUAACAGAUAAAGAGAAGCAGUGGUCCAGGGAUGAAUUGUAAAAGCUACAUCAUCUUGACCCAAACAUAGUGUUACAGUGGACUGCUCAUCUCCAGUUCUAAAAGCUUUUUGAAAACCAACAGCAUUGCAGCUUGUUUUGGACUUCGUUAUACUGUUGUUAUCAGCAUGGAAAAGCGUGGUGUUUGUUUUAUUUUUUUAGAUGCUCAAGGCAAAUCUGAUAAAGAAAUGGUGGAAAGUUUUAUGUGGGCACUGUUUUAUUUAACAUGCCUUUAUUUUACUUUCAUCUGUUCAAAGUGAAUUUCUGCAAGACUGCAGAUAAAGACCUAUAGCUUGUGAACUCUAAUUUUGAUGGGGGUACUUGAACACUCACUUCUCUCGGCUCCUGUGUCCCUUGGUAAAACUGCUUCUGUGCACCUUAUGACACUACAUAGGUAAUACCAGGUUUUCUGUGUUCCGAUGUCUGCUAGAUGCUACUAAAAGGAGAUGAACUUCCUUUUAAGCUUUUGACAUGGUGUCAUAGACUAGCAUGUAGUAGAUACAAUCAGCUGCUUUAUUACCUUAAAACCAGGCAUUUGUAUAUAUUAAACUUCAAGACAUCAGAGGUGGGUGGUCGCUCUUAUCAAUCAUGGCUGUUCAAGUUGGACAUAACAGACAUGGUUUUCCCUUUCCUUGUAAAAUUAAUUAAUGGAGCCUUGAAAUUCUCUUUUGGUUUAUAGCUCACUGCUGAUGUGAUACACAUGGAUUUAACUCCGUAAAUAUGAUGUAAGCUGUCCCAAUCACUGAACAGUUGAUGCAAUGCUGCUUUGCCAAAUAAAGUUAAAAGCAAAAGGGGGCUUGUGUGCUUGUGUGGAAGGUUAGGAUCAGUAUGUAGUAGACUACUGAGACAUGGAUUGCUAGAUUCUUUAUUAAAAAAAAAAAAAUCCAGUUUGAUUCUAAAAGAAAGUUGCUUUUGGCAAAGCCAUGUGCUGUAUUAACAUUCUCAUUUUUCUAACUGUGGGCACCCAGGAAAAAUUCUGGCUUUUUAGAAAGUGAAUUCUUAAUUGCUCUACAAGGUAAAAAUGAUACAUGCAGAAAGAGUAAUGAAUCCUGGACUCCUAAGUACAGAGAGAGAUGCAAUUGUUCAGUUUUCAUAUAGAAGAGCAGUUGGGAGGCUGUAAACAUUUUUUUUUUUUUCCUGUCCCAAGUUUUCUGGUUUGGUACUGUAAAAUGUCAACAGCAAAUUGCGAAGCAGUACAGUAAGGUGGGCUGCUUUGGGAAAGGGGGGAAGUGUGUCUUGAGUCAUCUUGCUCAGAUUGGAGCAACCAGGUAUUAAAGUAAACAGCAUGUUAUCAUUAUUUUCUUUUUUUUUUAUGGUAAAAAAGAUUAUAGAAUAAAAUAGCUUGCAUAAAAACAACCCAUAGUGAUCACUGCAAAAAUAUAUUUGACUUUUAUGGUAGAACAGCAAUAAUUUUGUGAUAGGAUUAAUCCCUGAAAGCAAAAACAUUAAAAUUCAAAGGCUUCUGAAUAUGGAAGGAGAACAUUUUAAAUAACCUGCCUUUUGAAGGUCAGCCCCAUCCUAUUCCUGUGUAAAAGAUAUGUAUCACUUGAUUUAUUUAGAUGUUAAUGUACCACCUCCUGAUCUGACUGCAGCCUGGGAGCACAUACACAAGAUUAAUCUUAUAAAGGAAUUAAUAUAGCGUGUAUUCUAGAAAAUACAAUUCAGAAAAACCCACUUGCGCCUGACAAAUUUGUACUAACCCACAAUCAACUGUGAAUCUAGUUCUUGGUGUUGAAGUGAAAUAUCUUAAAUGAUGCAUGCUAAUGUUCAACCUUUUGGUCACUGUAUCGUUCAAUUUGAGUUCAGCUUUAUUUACAUCUUCUCACUAAUUUAAUUAGCUAAAUGAAAGAUAGGAGCUCAACUGUAUCCAAAUUCUUGUCUCUGGACACAGUGUAGUAAGCUAGCCUAACUUAGAAGAGGUGAUAAAGCUGAGACUCAGUGACAACUUUUUUGGGAGAACCACUUCAGGAGGUGUAAGACUUCAGGGACCAAGGCUGUUGGGAUUAGUGCACCCAUUCCACUGAAGGGGUUGGUGAUAGUCAAGGUACUCAGAAAGGAGUAUCCCGGAGUAGCAUUUAGGAAUUGGAAGAUGAAAACCCCUCCAUGAUGGAGCAAUGGUUCUGAAGUAAAAACUUCUUGGAGAUGAGGACAAGUUGAAAUGCAGAAGAUUUGAAGAGCUUCAAUAAAUGCUGUGUGAACUGUCUGAAUUGCUACUUUGCCAAAUAAAACAAAUUGAGAGGAAGCUGUA